UUUGGUGUUUUAACAUCUACAUAUAUAUGCAUAUAUAUUACUCUCUUCAUAUUUCUCAUAUCGAGCUCAGUUAGAACCAAUAUAUUUCAAGCUCUAGUUAAAGCAAAGAAGAGAUUGGAUAGCUAAUACACUAAACCUCUAUAAACUAUAGGAUUAAUAUAUUAAAAAGAAGCAAUGGGUUUCUCGGAGGAAGCAAUUAGUGAACUCCGCUCUAUCGUAGAGCAGACUGUUAUCAGCGGCGGCGAGUCAACUGCGUCUACCGUUCCCGGGACAGUCGCCGUCGUCGUGGACCGAAACGGGAACGAACUAUUUGCCCACGCGGCUGGCAAGCGAGGCAUUAUAUCAAAUGAAGCCAUGACGCUAGACAACGUAUUCUACCUAGCUAGCUGCACCAAGGUAAUCACAGGGCUUGCCUGUAUGCAACUUGUCGAAAAGGGCGAGCUGAAACUAGACGACGCGGCUCAAGUCGAGGAGCUAUGUCCAGAGCUGAAAGAUAUCAAAGUUCUCAAAGAUGAUGGAACUUUCGAAGACAAGAAAAGAGGGAUUACCCUAAAAAUGCUGUUAACUCAUACCUCGGGGUUUACUUACUCAUUCUUCAACGAGACGUUGAGGGAUUGGAGUCUUCCUGUUGGCAUUGAUGAGUUCUCUGGCGAUAUUAAGGAUAUCCUGAAAAUCCCUCUGCGGUUUCAACCAGGCGAGAAAUGGGAAUACGGAAUUGGCAUCGAUUGGGCUGGAAUCGUCCUACAGAGGAAGACUGGGUUGACGCUGAAUGAGUACAUUCAAAAGAACAUCUGCCAGCCACUCGGCUUGGAAAACAUCAACAUGAUACCGACGCAGUCUAUGAAAGACAACCUGGCACAUAUGCACCAAAGGCUGCACGACGGCAAGCUCAUUCCUCGGGACCACCUACUCCGGCGACCCCUGAUCGUCUCGACCCCCCAAGAGAUCGCCGACACGUUCAACAGCGGCGGAGCCGGUCUCUUCGCCAAGCCCCAGGAAUACACUCGCGUCCUAGCAGUCCUCCUCAACGACGGGACCUGCCCCAAGACCGGCGCCAAGAUCCUCGAGAAAUCAACCGUAGAGCAAAUGUUCACGAACCAGAUCCCCGAGUUCCCCAACUUCGGACGGCAGGGCAUCGCAGCGGCGAAGCCGGACCUGACGCACCCGGCCGCGGACUUGUAUCCCGUGCCCGGAAACGCGCCGCAGGGCUGGGGCUUGACGUUUAUGCUGAGCGGCGCGAGCCCGGCGACGGGCAGGUCGGGCAAGACGGGGAACUGGGCCGGGAUAACGAAUCUGUACUGGUGGGCGGAUCGCGGGCACGACGUCGCUGGGAUAGUGUGCACGCAGAUCCUGCCGGCUCAUGACCCGGCGGUCCUGGGGUUGUGGUUCCAGCUCGAGGCGGCUGUGAAUAAGCAUUUGAAGCUGGCUAAGGCAUAGGUUGGGUAGUCUUGAGACUACUAGCUUAGGAAGUCUAAACACAACGCCGUGUCAUUAUAGGUGACGAGGACAGCUUUCACUGGUCAAAUGGACUGAGUGGUUUGGACUGGGGGGUUGACCAAAUCAACCAGCUUGGCUGACGUGGGUGCUUUUCUAUACCUACUAAAUAGAGAGCACUUUCAAGUUUGAACUUAGCGGAUAGUCCCCGGAUUAUAAUGUAUGGAUCCGGGGGCACACACUAGUGUAAGUAGGUAUCAAAUUGGCUAGGUUAGGAAUUUAUUAAUUUACGUUA